CCCCCCUCCAAAAAAAACUCCAAAACUCGGGCGGCCCGCACGCAUUUCGGUUUUUUCCUCGUUGCCACCUCCCUCCCUGCAAUCCAAAACGAGCCAGGCCAUGCGGCGGCCGCGCCGCGCCGGCGGCCUCCGCACGCUGCUGCCGCUGCUCCCCUUCGCCGCACUCCUCUCCGUCGCCACCUUCUCCCUCCACUCCCCGGACCGCCUCCUCGCCUGCGACACGGGGCGGCAGGCCUCCUCCUGUGCCCGCCUGCACCGGCUGGCCAUCUCCAGCCUCGACGUGCGAGCGCUCGACGCCACCCCGCCGCUCCACGCGGCGGCCGCCCGCGCGUUCCGGUCCGGCGGGCGCCUCCUCCGCGACGUCCUCUCCUCCCCCUCGUCCUCCUCCGCCCCCGCGCCGCCGCCCGCCGUCCGGGCGGCGCGCUGUCCGGCCUACAUCACGCGGUCGGGCGCGCAGCUCCGCGCCGCGAGCGGCGGCGUCCUGCCCUUGCCCUGCGGGCUGGCGCUGGGUUCCCACGUGACUGUGGUGGGCACGCCGCGGCGCGGUCGCGGCGCCGCCGUGGCGCAGUUCGCUGUGGAGCUGCGCGGGGAAGGGGACGGGGACGCCGCACCGAGGAUCCUCCACUUCAACCCGCGCCUCAACGGGGACUGGAGUGGCCGGCCAGUGAUCGAGCAGAACACCCGCUUCCGCGGCCAGUGGGGACCCGCGCUCCGGUGCGAGGGCCGCCGGUCGCGCCCCAACGAGGAGACUGUUGAUGGAUUGGUGAAAUGUGAGGAAUGGGUUGGAAACACUGGUGGCACAUCAGAUGAGUUGAAUAGAUUGUGGUUGCGUAACCGUGUUGCUGGACAGAAGAACAGAAAUUUGAUAGAUUGGCCAUAUCCGUUCGCCGAGGAUGAAUUGUUUGUUCUAACACUAAGUGCUGGCUUAGAAGGCUACCAUGUUCAUGUUGAUGGGAAGCAUGUCACAUCUUUUCCUUACCGUUUUGGCUUUGUUCUUGAGGACGCCACUAUCUUGUCUCUGAAUGGUGAUGUUGACCUUGAAUCAGUAGUAGCUGGUUCGCUACCAACGGCUCAUCCAAGCAUUGUACAAACAAGUCUGGAGUUGCUGACAGAAUUAAAAGCCCCUCCUCUUGCUGAAGAGCAUGUAGAUCUGUUCAUAGGCAUUCUUUCAGCGGGGAGCCAUUUCACUGAGCGCAUGGCUUUGAGAAGAUCAUGGAUGUCUUCAGUACGAAAUUCAUCCACCAUGGUGGCUCGUUUUUUUGUUGCACUGAAUGGCAGAAAGGAAGUGAAUGAAGAUUUGAAGAAAGAGGCAGAUUUCUUUGGCGACAUUGUCAUUGUGCCUUUUGUGGAUAGCUAUGAUCUGGUUGUUCUGAAGACUGUUGCCAUUUGCGACUAUGCGGCUCGUGUUGUUCCUGCGAAGUAUGUCAUGAAGUGUGACGAUGAUACCUUUGUUAGACUUGAUUCACUAAUGGCUGAAGUCAAGAAAAUCCCAGAAGGUAAAAGCUUCUAUUUGGGGAACAUGAACUACUACCACAGGCCACUGCGAGAGGGAAAAUGGGCCGUCUCAUACAAGGAGUGGCCCAGAGAAGAGUACCCACCCUACGCCGAUGGUGCAGGCUAUGUUGUUUCUUCUGACAUUGCAAAUUUCGUCGUAUCUGAAAUGGAGAAGGGAAGACUAAAUCUGUUCAAGAUGGAGGAUGUGAGCAUGGGGAUGUGGGUGGGGCUGUUCAACGUCUCCGGGAACGCCGUGGAGUACGUCCACAGCUCCAGGUUCUGCCAGUCCGGCUGCGUCGACGACUACCUCACCGCGCACUACCAGUCGCCGGCGCAGAUGGUGUGCCUCUGGGAGAAGCUGGGGCAAGGCAAGCCGCAGUGCUGCAACGCGAGGUGACAGGGGGCUCUGCCUCCGUGAAAGGUGGAAGCUCACUUCCCUGGGAUAGGUAUGGUAAGCGCAGUUUCAGGAGCAACUUGUAACUAAGCUUUAGGAGAAAACAUGAUACGUGUCAUACAUAGCAUAUGUACAGUCAGUACAGAGGAAGGUAUAGCUCGGUUUCUUCAGUGACUGGAAGAAGUGGUAAGCACAGAAUGCCUCGGAUCAGUGGCGGACCCAGUAAGUGUACCAUACGUAUCACCUUCGUGCUUCCUUGGACUGAAAUGCAACGACACGCUGGGCCAAGGGCCAGAGGCAACACAUGGGAUGGUGCGGCCUGUGGGCUAGUGUCUACGCGUGGGCAGUGGGCUAUUGCGUUCUGGCCUGCAAGGGGUACUGAUAUUUCACUUGUUACAUGGACUACUAUAUAUAAUGGAUCUCAGGAAACAAAAAUUUAACCGAUAUUUUGUACACUUGU